AUGGUUACUUCGAAAUUAUGCGAUGUCUCGAAAGUUCGGCCCUAUCUUUACUUAAGUGGUUUUGGUUGUAUUACGGAAAAGAAACUACGAGAUCUUGGAAUAACACACAUAAUUGAUGCUACCAAUCUUCCCCAUAAUCCGCACUAUGAAGGAAUCGAGUUUCUGCACAUCAUGGUGGAUGACUCAUUGAUUGCUAACCUUACUCCACAUUUUGGAAAUGCUGCACAGUUUAUUCAGAAUGCACAAAAAAAGGGUGGAAAAGCAUUAAUUUAUUGUGCAGCUGGAAUCAGUCGCUCUUCGUCGCUGUGUAUAAUGUCAUUGGUACUCAACGAAGGAUUAAGUUUGAGGGAAGCAUAUUACGACGUGCUGGAUAAAAGGCCAUUUAUAUCACCAAAUACGGCAUUUUGGCGACAGAUGAUCGAAUAUGAAUGUAAGGAGCGGGGUCGAAGUACAGUAGAGCUACUGAGAGGAAUGACACGACCCAUCCCCGAUGUAUAUAUCAGCAAAGUAAAACCUAAUACCGUAGCUACUGUGAAUGAUUGA